AGCGGUCGCAACAAGAAGGGCCGCGGCCACGUCAAGCCCGUCCGUUGCUCCAACUGUGCUCGCUGCACUCCCAAGGACAAGGCCAUCAAGCGCUUCACCAUCCGCAACAUGGUCGAGUCCGCUGCCAUCCGUGAUAUCUCUGACGCCUCCGUCUUCACCGACUACGCCGUCCCCAAGAUGUACCUGAAGCUCCAGUACUGCGUGUCCUGCGCUAUCCACGGCAAGAUCGUCCGUGUCCGCUCUCGUGAAGGUCGUCGCAACCGUGCUCCCCCCCCGCGGAUCAGGUACAACAAGGAUGGCAAGAAGCUGAGCCCCCCUCAGGCCGCCAAGUCUAUGUAA